UGUGUCUGCAGAGGGCGGGCCCUGGAGGCGUGGUCUGUGCCUGCAGAGGGCGGGGCUCGCCGCAGAGGGGGCAGCGCCGGCUGAGAGUCCUCUGCGAGCCGCUGCUGCGGCCGGUCCACAGCAGCUCUGACAGUCGCGGCGCAGGCACCGGACCCCUCACCAGCCCCACGCAGCCACCGCGACCUCCAGCUCGUCCCACCAUCUCUCCCGACGCAGCGGAGCCGCAUCUGGCACCUAACACCACCCCGGCCGCUCUGGAGCCCGCGCCCGCCCUGGCCCGGCCGCGCCGGGAGCCCGGCCCCGAGCUGGAGCCGCAUCUGGAGCCACGGGCCCGGGGCCCUGAGCCACGCAGCCGGCGCAUGGUUAACUCGCUGCUGUUCGGAGAGAUGGCCUUGGCCUUCGGCUGCCCGCCGGGGGGCGGCGGCUGCGCAGGCGGCGGCGGGGGUGGCGGGGCCGGGCCGGGGCCCUCGCCCGUAACGGCGGCGCUGCGGGACGAUCUGGGUUCCAACAUCCACCUCCUCAAGGGGCUCAACGUGCGUUUCCGCUGCUUCUUGGCCAAGGUGCACGAGCUGGAGCGGCGCAACCGGCUCCUGGAGAAACAGCUGGAGCAGCAGCAGAGCGAGCGCGAUCGGCGGCUGCGCUACAAGACCUUCUCCCGCGAGCAGGCCGUGCAGACCGGGCCCGAGCUGCUGCGGCCGUCGGCUGCGGGAAGCGGGCAGGCCCUCGGCGCGGCCACCGGCGUCAACGCCAACGCGGUGGCCCUGGGCGGCCUGCCCCCCGGCGGCGGCUCGCACCCGCAGCACUACGGUCGCCUGCCCGGGACCAUCUGGAGCUACACGCAGGUGCGGCGCACGGGAGGCGGUGGCGUGGAGACUGUGCAGGGCCCCGGCGUGUCGUGGGUACACCCGGACGGCGUAGGCGUGCAGAUCGACACCAUCACGCCAGAGAUCCGCGCUCUCUACAACGUGCUGGCCAAGGUGAAGCGCGAGCGUGACGAGUACAAACGGAGGUGGGAGGAGGAACUGGCCAAACGCAUGAACCUUCAGACCAUGGUGGACACGCUGCAGGAGGCGGCGCAAGAAGCCGAGGCUAUCCAGGAGGAGAUGAACGAGAAGAUUGAGCGGCUCAAGGCCGAGCUGGUGGUGUUCAAAGGGCUCAUGAGUGACCCCAUGACAGACCUGGACACAAAGAUCCAAGAAAAGGCUAUGAAGGUGGACAUGGACAUCUGCCGCCGAAUCGAUAUCACGGCUAAGCUGUGUGAUGUCGCACAGCAGAGGAACUCAGAAGACGUGUCCAAGAUCUUCCAGGUGGUCCCUAAGAAGAAAGAUCGUAAGGUGGCUUCGGAUGAAGACAUCUCGGAGCAGGACGGGGAGGUGAAUCGGUUUUCAGAUGAGGAGGUCGGCUCCAUGAACAUCACUGAUGAGAUGAAGCGCAUGUUUAACCAGCUGCGGGAGACCUUUGAUUUUGAUGACGACUGUGACAGCCUGACGUGGGAAGAGAAUGAAGACACACUGCUGCUAUGGGAGGAUUUUACCAACUGUAACCCAACCAUUGACCUGCAGGGUGAGCAAGAAGAAAACUUGGGCAACUUGAUCCAUGAGACCGAAUCCUUCUUCAAGACGAGAGACAAGGAGUACCAGGAGACCAUAGGCCAGAUUGAGCUGGAGCUGGCCACAGCCAAGAGCGACAUGAACCGACACCUUCAUGAGUAUAUGGAAAUGUGCAGCAUGAAGCGAGGCCUGGACGUGCAGAUGGAGACCUGCCGUCGGCUCAUCAAAGGCUCUGCAGACAGGUGCGGCUGUGCGCAUGCGCAUAGGCAUGCGCCCCAGGGCUUCCAUGGUGGGUGGGGGCUUUACAGAGAGACAUUCGGGGCUGCCUCGUGCAGCUUCACUACAUUUUAAUUUUUCCGACCCUCUGUCUGACCUCCUAUCCAUCCACCUCCCCCCAAGCCCCCAUCACGAGCAUACCUACUAUGUGCUAGGUGACUAAUGUAUAGACAAAACAAAACAAAUAAUACCACCACCAUCACGAUCGAUCGGUUCAACAGAGAGUUGUCAAAGGCCCGCUGUGUGCUAGAGCGUCUGAGUUAGUGUUCUGUUGCUGUGAUGAACACUAUGACGGAAAGCAGUUGGGAAGGAAAGGGCUUACUUGGCUUAGACUUCCACAUCGUAGUCCGUUGUUGAGGGAAGUCAGGGAAGGAAGCUGGAACCAGGAAAUGGUGCAGAGGUCAUGGAGGGCAGCUGUUUACCAUUUUGCUUUCCAUGGCUUGCUCAGCCUGCUUUUGUAUAGCAUCGAGGACCACGGACCACCUGUCCAGGGGUGGCAUCACCCGCAGCGGGCUGAGAUCUGACGCCAAUCAUUAAUUACGACUGAAGGCCAGUCUGAUGGAGGCCUUUUCUUUUCUUUCUUUUUUCUUUUCUUUUCUGUUUUUCGAGGCAGGAUUUCUCUGUAUAGCCCUGACUGUCCUGGAGCUCACUUUGUAGACCAGGCUGGCCUCAGACUCAGAAAUCUGCCUGCCUCUGCCUCCCAAGUGCUGGGAUUAAAGGCGUGCGCCACCAUGCUCGGUGGGUGGAGGCGUUUUCUUAUCUGAGGUUCCUUCUUCCCAGUUACCUGGGGUUUUCAGUGGGCAUCGCUUUGUUACCUGGGGUUUUCAGAGGGCACCACUUUGUGCUCAGACCAGGGAUGAUGGAAAGUUACAGAAUGAAUACCCACGACCACCCCACCCCCCACUCCCAAAGAGAAGCCACACGCUACAGUAAGCAGUGGCUAGGGUAGAGGUCCCAAGGAAUGCCAAGAGCCCUAGGCAGCUUAUGGAACCUACAGGGACUGGGAGAAAGUGCGCCUUGCAGGGAUCUCACAGCAGGAGCCCCUCAGGGUAGCCGCCACUGUGUUGUUGCUGAGAGUGGAACCCAGAGCCUUGUGCAUACUAGGCAAAAGUUUUGCUCACCCCAGACCCUUCGGGUAGGUUUUUUAACAGGUGUGACCGGCCAGAGCUCCGGGCCCUGGGCCGUUAGGGUCCCCCAGGCUGCUCUCUGAAAGGCUUUGGUUUCUAAUGCAGGAAUUCACCGUCCCCCAGCUCCGUGGCCAGCAGUGACUCAGGAAGUACAGACGAAAUCCAGGAAGACCUGGAGCGGGAGGCGGAUGUGGAGCCCAUGGUCAGCUGAUGACGGAGGCCCGACGCUCCUGGUGGUCUUGGUGAUGGGGUCCAGCCUCCUCUCCCCACUGAGCCGUGUGGGCUCCACUCCUCGACACAGACUUCUGUCCUCCCUUCUCCGGAGGCCCAGCGGGACCGCUGCUUCCUUCCUUCCUCCACCACCGACCCAUGGAAUGGUGCUGUCGAUUUUUCUAUUGUCCCCACACACACCACAAACGCAGACUUUUGUGCGUCGAUGCAGUGCAACUGUGCCUUCUCCCUUAAGCUGAGCCACUUUGAGCUCCAAAGAAUUCUUCCUAGCAGGUGUUUUUUUAAAUAUAAAACUCUAAGGUGAGGGUGGGGCCUGGAGGCGUGGUAGCUUUUGGUUUUCUCCCUCCCACCUGCUCCUCUGAUUGGACAUGAGCUUUGCUCCCUCCCUCUGUCCCAAGAUGACUUGCGGUGGUCUGCUUUCUCAAGGAAGUAGACUGUGUUACCUCCAGAGCUGGGCGAGGAGGAGUCGUCAAUACUUUCUCACCCAGGGAUAGAGUGGUGGACGGAAGUGGAGGGAGGGAAGACCAAUUUUUUUCUUCUUCUUUUGGAUCUAGUGGCGAUGUAUCGGGGAAAGGCACUGUGGGGGAAGGAAGAACCUCACUGUGUUUAAACUAUGCAAAAAACAAAAACAAAAAACAAACAAACAAAAAAACCUAAAAGCAGCUUGCCUUAUAUCAUUGGGGAAGGCAGGCCCUCUCUCAGACUUCUGGGAACUGGGAGAGAGGCCAAGGUUGGCAUGAGUCCCUCAUAGCCUCUGAGGUUCAGAGGUGGCUUUGGGGGUGGUCCCAGUCAGAUUGCUGGUAAGGCCUGCCUGCAUUCUGCAAGCCGGCCCACUGGACUGAUGGUUUUCUUGGGGACCUCUGUGGGGUGGGGUGGGGUGGGUGGUGGUCUUUUAUUUUCCUGAUGACUUGAUGUUCAUUCCCGCCUCUCCAAUCACCUGCCAGGUUCCAUGGUUGUAAUUUCUCUGUGAGAAAGUAUGAACAGGCCAGGCCUGCUACCUACUCUGUCCUCCACAGUACCGUCUUGGUCCUCCGUUGUCCCUCUGGCUGGGGGGAAAAAGCCUUGUUGGGGGGGGGGGAGUGGCAUGGCUGCUGGCAGGCUGGCAAUGACUGGAGAGAAGCCUCAAGUGAGGACCGUCCUCAUUCAUACAUGCUUUCCAUACCCAUCUGUCUGGACGCUGAGCCAGUGAUUCCCCAAGGCUCCCCUGGGGCCUGAGGUAAGGGGCCAUAAGAUAGAGCAUCCGUCUAUCAGAGAGCAGCUGGCGACUUGCCUAGCAACAAUCAGGUUUUGUUUUUAUUUCUUUCCUUAUUUUGGGGUCCACUCUAGUGGUUUUGAUGGCCUAUGUUGUUUUUAUUGACCCAGUGGGUUCCUCUGGAGUUCAAAGGAACAAAAUGUCCCCAGGGAUCAGAACCCAUGGCCCUCUGAGGCCUGGGUGGUAAAGGGCAGAGGACUCUGGAACCAUAGUGGUACCCGAGCCUCCUCUUUAUCCCUCUGUUUCUCUCUAGGUGGUUCCAUUAUCUGUUUUGCACUUAGAGCCAGUGUACAUAGUAGGCUUAUGUAUGGAUAGAGAGGAGAGAGGAUGUGUUUGUUGGUGGCUUGUAACUUAUCAGAACUUGGUGGCCUUUCUUACGUGUGUCUUCCAUGAUGUGGGGAGGGGUUUCCCAUUGGUCCCUGUGCAGGUACUUGGAGGGACAAUUGUUUGGGAAAAGACACAGCCCCUGUCCUCACUAUUCUCUUCCCCUUUCUCACCAAUCCUUCUUUUAAAGGUUACAGGGUUCAUACACUUCUGGUUAUUAUUAUUGUGUGUUAUUGAUAUUAUUGUUUUGGUUUUAUUUUAUUCUAUGUUAUUUUUUUAACCAAAGGUUAUCAGAGCCAGAUGGGCCUGGACCUUAGCUGCUGUAAAGAUUUCCGUUUCUGUGAGGGCAGGAGGAGGGUUGCCCUCAUGGGUCCUUGACUGAGGUUGGGGACCGUUUCCAUCCAGCGGUAAAGCGGUAGAGUCUGGUAGUCAGGUGGGCAGAGCAGAAGCCAGCCCUUGAUCGUUCUUCAUGGAGGUGGUGGGCUGACAUGUAUCUCUAGCGUUAAGACAGGAAGCAACAGCGUAAACGUUUGAGGGGAUGGCUGUGUACACAGCUACUGUGUAGUUGCUGGUCUCUGGUGUUAUUUAACUUUCCCACCUGUAUACAUAGGUCAUUUGUCUGGUGUGCAUGAGAAAAGCAGACUCCUUUGGGUUCCCUCCUGCUGACUUUCAAAGUCUGCUUUCCCCUGGGAGGUGGAGCUCUGAGGCAGGAGGAUGAGUGGAGAGGAGCAAGGGUGUGGUAGGCAUGUUUCCUGGCUUGGUCUGGGCUCUGGGCCUGGCCUCCUCUUAGUGUUUGGUUUGUUCGUUUCGUAGUUCGUUGCCAGUGGGUCCUGCUUGUGCUCACUGUGAGCCCACAGCUUGCCCAGAAAGACCCCACCCCUCACUGGGGCCGCCUCUCACUGGGGCAGCGCCUGCCCUGUCUGGACGAACUUGUCCACCCGUGUAAACAUGUACAUAUGUUCUCUUGACUUUUCUAUGUCUGAGCCCCGUGUCAUAUUGACACGGGGGGGCUCAGGGCUUCUCAGAUGGGCUCCCCGUGUUGCCCCUGGCCAUGCUCCUAGUUUGGGGGUCACAUACACAGGCACAGCAGGGAGACAGCAUCCUUUCAGGUUCCUGGUUGGUCGUGAAACACACACACACACACACACACACACACACACACACACACACACACUCCACUAAGACUCCAAAGGAGAAAGAUGGGGAAGAGGUUUUGUCUUCCCGUUGGCAGUGUGUCUGGAAGGCAUGAACACUUUGGACUCUGUUUUAGGGGUAGAACUCAGAUGUCCUAUGAAGAGUCAAACCACUUUGACUUUAGGGUGGGAGGAGAGGGGAUGGGUUAGGGGUAAGAUGAGGUGUAACUUAAGCUAAAUGUAUUCUAUUUAUGAAGCAAGAGACUGUAUUUUUAUGAAAGGAAAAGGUUUUUAAUCUAGGGUAGGCAGUCAUGGUGGCCCAGCAUUUUGCUGUGGAUAAGAUACCGCCAUGUUCAUUGACUCCGGUGUACAAUCAACAGUAAACCCCUCUCCUCAGCUUGCCCUCCGUCCUCACUGAACGUCCGCACACAGCUGGGGCGGGAGUUUGUUGUUUCUUCUUCCCCGGCCCUCAGCUCCUUAGAAGUCUUGGAAGGGAGUGGGGAGGGAGGGUGGAAUGCAGAAAACUGAGGUGGGGGAGAGGUAGGUUCUAAUUAGUCACCCCAUCUCCCUUCUGGCCAGACCUGCUCCCAUUCAGCUGUGUGGGGAGAGUAGGAGGGAGGUUCUGUGGGGUUGGGGGACACAGGACUUCUUAGGGGCAUAGGGACUUACUAUGUCUGAAGUCGUCAGGCAGCUGGAGCAGGCAUAGAAGGGACUCAGGACACUAAGAGCUCAGCCCUGUCUGUGUCUACUCCAGGCCAAGGUCGAGCUUGGUUGUGGAUGAAGGACCAGGACUCUGUAGGGUUUCAUCAGACCUGGGUCCUCCCUCUGGGACUGACCUAGUGGGAGGAGUGGAGACGGGUCUGGGCAAAGCCAUACACACUCUGGGAAAAGAUUUCCAGGCUCAGCGUGGACUGUGUGUGAGUCUCAGGCAAACUCCUCACCUUAUGACUUCCUUCCCAAGCUCUCGAGGACAUGUGAAUUCCCCACCAUGACACGACCCCUUUCCACACACUGUAGCAUCUACCUGGUUUUUAGUCCCACCCUACCCACCGUUGCUGUGUCUGUCAGCUGGGUCUGAAAAUCACCGGGAGGGGUUUGUACUCAUCAAAGACUACUGACCCUACCAGAAAACCAACCUGUUUACUGUACUGUUGUAAAUACUGUGCCCUUUAUAUCGUGUAUAUUGGCUUCUUUGGAAUAAAGUAAAAUGUCUUAGCACA